AUGGAUUUGAUUUCAUGUUACAGUCAAUAUGCCGUACAGGUGUCUGAAUCGUCGUCAUGUUCAAGUUAUGCAUCUGCUCCUUCCUGUAUAGUUUCACCUAAUUUGAUCUCAUCCACCCAAACCGCCGUCUCUUGUUUAUACAAAACCACCCUCUCCACCGGCGAAAACCACUUCAUCACCGUCACGUGGUACCGGAACGCCACCAUCCAAGGUCUCCAGAUCAAUACCGGCGAAGACUCCACAACCGCCUUCCGUCUAAACACGCAUUCCAGGCUCUUUCGUAAGAAAAAGGGCAGCAAAUCCUUUGAAAUCAACGGUUCAAAGUUCGAGGUUUACUAUGAUCUGUCAUCGGCUCAGUACGCCGCCGGUGCCGAGCCGGUAGAAGGGUAUUACGUUUUGAUCAUGGUUGAUUCCGAACUCGGGUUGUUAAUCGGAGACAUGACGGAGGAAGCCGCCGUGAAGAAACUCAAAACACAUAAACAGAUCGGGAAAUUCUCUUUGCUUUCCCGGAAGGAACACUUCUCCGGCAACACCCUUUACGCCACGAAGGCCCAGUUUUCCGAUACCGGGAGUUGGCAUGACAUUCUGAUCCGUUGCACCGGAGAAAACGACGGGUUGAAGAACCCAGUUCUACUGGUUUAUAUAGACAAACGGGUCGUGAUUCGGGUCAAGAGGUUACAAUGGAAUUUCAGAGGGAAUCAAACCAUAUUUCUGGAUGGAUUAUUGGUGGAUUUGAUGUGGGAUGUUCAUGACUGGUUCUUCAACCCAGAAUCCGGGUCAGGGUCGGGUCAUGCAGUGUUCAUGUUCAGAACAAGAAGUGGUUUGGAUAGCAGGUUGUGGUUGGAAGAGAAGAUUGUGAAGAGUGAUGAUCAGAAAAAAGGAUUCUCAUUGUUAGUUUAUGCCACCAAAAGCUAA